UCUGGAACAUUUCGGGAAUUUGCGUUUUAUUAACUACUAGAGUAUACAUAAUGUAAAAAUUUAAUAAACUUGAAUUAAAAAUAUCGUACAUUCGUGCGCGAUAUUUAAUAUUCUUAUUUAACACACUUGACUAUACUAUCAUAUGUGGUUAUAUACGCAUAUGUAGCGUAUAUAUAUAAUAACUAUAUAACCAUAGUUUCAUCUAUAUUCUAUUCGUGUUCUGUUCUCUCAUAGUACUGUCGUUAAUGUGCAUUGUGAGUUUGUGAGAUGCUAGCCAGCUACGUUUAAAGAAAGCAUAGGUUGGUGUGGGUGUGCAACUGCUGGAAGGCAGCCGCACAAGUGAAAGGGUGAUGGCAAGGAGGAGUGGUGAUUUUCAGUGAUCUUUAACAAAUGGCUCUGUCCGAAGUGCACAAUUUGGCUGCAAUUAUCAGCAACAAUGGUUUUACUGUUAGCAAGAAUAAUGUGGUUGACCGCAAUAUCAACAUGUUGGAACCACGAAACAGUUAUCCAGCUGACAGAUGUAAUACAGAAUAUAAUUAUUGGAACUACGACUUAAUGGAAUGUAAUACACAAAAAAAUAUGAAUGUAGAAGAUGAAGAUAGUCAGGAUUUAAACAAUCCUAUGGUCAAUGAUUUAGUGUCAAAAAUUCUUGAUGAUGAUUCAAUUGUUGGUGACAACGCUCACAAUAUUAGUUAUAAUGGCAAUAUUCAAUAUUAUUCAGAUACUCAAUCCUGUAUUAUGGAAAAUAGUACAGAUCCUAAUUUUACUAUGGAUCAUUUCAACAUGCAUUCAACAUUUAAUAAAUUGCAGAAUAAUGUUUCUAAUAAUGUUAAACCUGAAUGUAAUUAUAACAAUCUCUGUGGAGAACUCAAAACAUUGAGUCUCAAUACAUGUGUAGGACAAGUAUCAGAUCAAGGAAAUUUAUAUAACAAUGGGAUUGGUGCAUAUCCUAAUACGUAUCCAUCUGAUUCACAAUCAUAUGUAUUACGUCCAAAUAGUGAAAAUUGCUGUGUUAGUGGAAAUGCUAUGCCUUUAUGCAAUGAUUUAUUAACAACUACAAAUGAGACAAACACAAGUAAACAGUCUAACUGGACAGAAAAUUUGUCAACACCAGGAUGCACAUCAGAUCUAUUUGGAAAUUAUCAACGAAUACAAAAUUGCACAAACCCAGAUCUUAAUUUGAACAUGGCUCUAACAUUGGCACUAGAUUCACCUGAUCCAAUUACUCUGAAUGAAUUAGAAUAUCAUAAUAAUAUUGGACAGAAUGGAACUGCUAAUACAUAUAAUAAUCCAACACCUUCUAUGCAUGAAUUAUACAGCAUGACUGCCAAUAAUCAAAGUUAUAGACCAAGUUCAGCAAUGACUGAUUUGAGUAUUGAUUCUGGCUUUCUUUCAAAUUCUCCAUUACAACAUUUUUCUCCAGCUGAUACAAAUUUGCAUAAUUGUUUUGGGAAUAAUAUACAACGGAGUAAUGCUAAUGAUUAUAAGGAUUUACAUGACUCAAGUAGAUUAAGCAUGGCAAAUAUCUCCAUACCAAAUGAGCAACUUCAAUUUUUGCAACAACAAGCUCGUAGCUACAAGUUAAAUCAAGCUGUGGACCAAGAAUUUAAACAACUAAUCGACUAUUAUCCAAGUGUAAGCGACUUUACCACAUCAUCGAUCAAUAAUUUAGACACAAAUGAAAAUUGUCUUACUAAUAAUGAUUAUAGAAUUGAUAAUAAUUUACUGAAAAUUAUCAGUCCAAAAUCAAAGACUAUUGAAUCUAAGACAUAUUCACCAAUUGGAUUUCCAAAAAAUCUAAGUUCGCGUAACACCCAUCAGUCAAUUGCAAAAUAUGGAUAUCACAAUUAUCAACAUUACACUGCCAAUAACGGCGAGACUUUAAAAAUGUUACCACAAAGUUCCACAUCUUAUCAGGACUUGAAGCAGCCUAAUAGUACUAAUACGUAUAAGAUGGAAGGAUUUGAUCUUACCAAAGAAAUAGCUUUUCCUUCAGUAAGUCAUUUGACUAAUCAAAUCGCAGGGUCUUCAGUGAACAAAGAUACUUUUAAUUAUCUCAUGAAACAACGACAUCACAUGCCAAGAAUACAAAAUAGUCCUGGUAUUCCAUCUGCUGAUGUCCUCUUUAAUUCAGGAAUAGUACCAAAUCCUGGUACAGUAAGAUCUGGAGUAUUCCCACCAGUAAUGCCAGUUCCUGUACCACUUCCAGUUCCACGUCUAUUUUCUGUACUCUAUGGUGGAGGUCUGAGCCUUAGAAAUGGAAGUGGAGCAGCUAGACGUACAGCACCUUCAAGCAUAUUGCACUUCAGACUAGAGCAAACUUACGAACAAUUUAAACAAUUAGAGAAAGAACGAAAGAAAUGUGAAGCUGGGUUAGCUGCUCAUUUUCCUGGCAAGAGAGUGACAAGUGCAAAUAAUAUACCUAUUCCUCGCCUUCAAGGAAAUCCAUCACGUGUCGAUCGUUUAAUCAUUGAUUAUUUGAGGGAGCAUGCACGUGUCAUAACUUUGAUUGCAAAGAUGGAACGUUUGCGAGGGACCACGAUGAAUCAACGCGUACAUAAAGCUAUGGAGUAUUGGUUAGAAGCAAUAAAAUUUGUUCAAGAAUGUCGUAAACGAGAAAUCGCAAAUGCUACUAAACGCCAGAAAGAGAACCCACCGUGUAUUCUUGUAUACAACGAUAAUGAUAUAUUAACAUUGGCAGCCAGUGUCUACGAAUUGACGAAGGCAUCUCGAUAUGCAAGAACUGAAAAAGCCUCUAAAAGAAUAAAUGUUGAACAAUUUUCCGGUGGUACUGUUGCUAUUGAUUCUUAUUGUUGGUUGCAUAAAGGCGUAUUUUCUUGUGCUGAUAAACUGUCAAUGGGACAUCCAACAGACGCAUAUGUUCAUUAUUGUAUGAAGUUUAUAUAUAUGUUGCUAUCUCAUAAAAUAAGACCAAUACUUGUAUUUGAUGGAAGACAUUUGCCUGCAAAAGCACAAACCGAAGUAAAACGACGAGAAAAUAGACAGACAAAUCGUCGCAAAGGUAUUGAACUAAUGCAAAUGGGACAACAUGCAGAGGGAAGAAAUUUAUUGAGGAGGUCCAUAGAUAUUACACAUGAAAUGGCUUUAGAGUUGAUCAAACAAUGCCAUGAAAUGAAUAUUGAUUGUAUUGUAGCACCAUAUGAAGCAGAUGCACAGUUAGCAUACCUUAAUAUCAAUGGAAUUGCUGAUGUUGUUAUCACUGAAGAUAGUGAUUUAAUACUAUUUGGUUGUAAAAAGGUAUUGUUCAAAAUGGAUUUAACUGGUAAUGGUCUUUUAGUUGACCAAGAACAAUUACAUCUUGCAAUGGAAAUACCUUCUAAACAAUUUAAUAUGGAUGACUUCUGCUAUAUGUGUAUUCUAUCAGGCUGUGAUUACUUACCAUCUCUUCCUGGUAUUGGAUUAAAUAAAGCACGAAAGUUUAUAAAACUAAAUAAAGACUGUGAUAUACAUAAAGCUUUAACUCGUUUAGGAUCUUACUUAAAUAUGAAAUCUUUAGUUGUUACAAAAGAGUAUAGAGAUUCAUUUAUAUUGGCAGUUAUCACUUUCAAGCAUCAGUUAGUGUUUUGUCCUUUAAAAAGGAAACAAGUUCGUUUAAAUCCACCUACAUUUGAUGUAACAAAAGAACAAUUAUAUUAUGCCGGUCUAGAGAUAGAUCCAGAUAUUGCAUUGCAGCUUGCACUUGGGAACUGUGAUCCUUUUACUCUAAAAACACUUCAUGAUUUUAAUCCUGAUAAAAUGAAGAAUAAAGUUAAUAAAUGCAAUAUUUGGACACAAAAAGCAGGACUAUCUCAACAUAUUAGUAUUUGGUCAAAAGAAUAUAAAUUAGUACAAAAUCAAUUGCAAGACACUUGUCAAGGAAAGAAGCUAACAGAUUGGUGUACUGUUAAUUCAGAAGCAAUUCUUCAGACAAAUCGUUUAAGAAGAUCUAUUUUUGUAAAACAGCAAGAUAAUUCUGAAUACAAACAACUAAACCAAAAGGAAAUUUUAGAUAUAUAUAAAUCUACAAAUACAAUGGAUAUUGAAAAUAAUGUAGAUGCAAGUAGUCUUACUCCUAGUGAAGAUAAAGUAUCUCCUGUUUUAAUUAGAAAACAAAAUUUAUUUUCAAAACGUUCAUCUAGUAUCAAAACUUCUCCAAGUCUUUUAUCUACUAGUAAAAGUCGAAUAAACGGAAGAAAUAUGCGUAUCAGGCGAACAAUUAUAGACGAAGGAACUGUUACAGAAAGUAAAUUUUUUGCUAAAGACAAUACUCAAAGAAAUUAUACUCCAAUAGAUAAUGAAAUUACGAACUCAAAUGAAGUUUUAUCAAAAAAAGAAAACAUAGAAGUAAAUAAAAAUAACCACACAAACAAUAUUAAUUUAAAACUUUUAGUUGUAAAUGAAGAAGUGGGGAAGGAUGAUCGUAUGGAUAUUGAUGAAGAGCAUAAUGCAUCAAUUACAAAUGCAUCAAAUGAGUGCAAAAAUAUUGAAUCCUUAAACGCUUCUAAUUGCGAUUUAGGAACAUCACAUUUAGAUGUUUCAAUGAAUGAAAAUAUUGCAAAAAAUGCUAAUAAAAACGAAUUACACAAUUUAAAUACUUCAUUGACAACGUUGGAAUUUAACAUAGAUUCCGACUUCUUAAUUCGACAAGAAGAUAUAAAUACUUCAAAUAGUUUAUUUACAUGGUCUGAUACAAAAAUAUCCACACAAACAAGUAAUAAAAUAAAACAAAAUAAAAGUAGAAGUUCUUCAAAUUUUCGCACAGUUCUAAAAAGUAAAAUGAACACGACAAACGGUACACGGCGAAGCCAACAGUUACAAUCACCAGUACAAAGGCAACAAAGUUUAUUAAGUAUGUAUGGGUUUGAAAAAAAAAGUAAGUUAAGCUGGCAUAUAAGAUUUUUAUUUGUUUUAAUUUGAAAAUUAUUUCUAUAUAUCAGAAAUAGGAGAAAUUGCAAAAUGAACAUUUUGCCAGGGACGGCAUCUCUUCUCGAAGAACUUGACA